AUGGGCAGAAAAAACUGGACGGUGCUAGGCCACUUGAAGAGGGCCGUGAAGAAGCUGAACUUUGUGAUAAGCUUUAACCUGAGACGGUGGCGCGUAGCUUCAAUUCUCGGCAAUGCCUCCAGGAGGCGACGGCGUUUGAGCUUUAACGAUCGGUUAGGGUUGCAUGGGUGCAUUGAAGAUGUAGAAUCAGAUGAAAACAAGUCUGUUCGAGCCCUUGAAAGAACUAGAAGUUACGCUUCUGAGGAUGACAUUGACCAGAGGGCGGAGAUUUUCAUAGAAAACUUUCGCCGGCGACUUUUGCUAGAAAGGCAGGUCUCUUUGCAGCUACGAUACUAUCGAGGGAACAGUUUCACCAGGGAUUACUAG